AUGAAACAUGGUUCAACCGUUAAACCAAUUCAAAGAGAAGCAAUACAAGGUCAACAUUCGGGACAAAAUGUUUAUGAUGAAAUGCAUCGUGAAAAUCGUGCAAAACACAAAUGCGAUCCACAUUCCAAUUCCUAUUCACCUGUACAUUGUUAUACAAAAUCAGAUGAUGACUAUGAUUUUGAAGACCCAAAUCUAAUCCUUAGCCAAAAUAAAAGUAAAUCACCUCCACUUGUAAAAGUAAAAGUGCUACUACAUCAGGAGAAGAAAGAUAGAGCAGAUGUGGCCAAUGUUCAUUCAAUUAAAACCAAAAUCAAAGUCAAGAAAUUGGAAAAUAGAAAGUCAAAGAUGGGAGUCCAUGUGGAUAUUCCAAUACAGCUAAGGAAUAUAGAAAUUGUGUGUUUGCAUGAGGAAUAUGAAAUUAGAAAUGGUGUAAUUGGUCCUGGUGAACUUCAAGACCCCUACAUACCACAGGAUGACAAUGUGGAAAAUGUCAAUUUGGUGAACGGAUCAAUUGAGGACAACCAAUUAUCUGGAGUAAAGGUCGUAGUAUUCCAAAAGCUUCACGCAUUAAAUCGAAAACAAAUAUUGAAAGAUGUUGCAACCAGGAUUCACGACAGAUUGACUGAAUUUGGUUAA